AUGGGUCACUGGGGUUCAGAGCGUGCUAAUGAAAGCAUCCAUCAGCUGAAAUAUGCCUUGGAGGAUAGACAGUUAGCACAGGAUGAGGGUGAAGUUGGAUUUGACCAGCCCUCUAUGGAUAAGGGCAGUGGUGAUGUGGACAGUGGGAAUCCGGCCUGGCAGGAACUGCAGCACAGUCAUGCGGUUAAUCAACUUAAAGUUUUAUUGCAAGACCAAGAAAGAAUGGAAAGUGAAGUCUCUGUGUCAAGGAGGAAGAUGUCGUUCUGUAAACCUCCAGAAGCUGCACCUGGAGACUUACCAGCCCUUACUGAUCUCAUUCCUAUCAUCAAUGAUCAGUCACAGUACAUUAACCAUUUAGAAGCAGAAGUGAAGUUUUGCAAGGAGGAAUUGUCUGGAAUGAAAGAUCAAGUACAAGUGGUUGUACUUGAGAAUGAGGAACUCCAUCAGAGACUGAAAUUCAUAACUGCAGAACACAUGUUAAGAGAACAGACUCUUCUAGAUGCCUCGGCAAAUACUCAGAACUCCUGGCCUAGCUGUGCUAACGACCGUAGUAUUCAUCAGCCUGUCACCUCAUCACCAGCACAUAACAAAAAUCAGGCUUUUGUUACAGCAUCUGCUGUAGAAGUAGAAAAGUGGCAUGUAGAACUGGAGAAACUAAAACUUUUUUAUCAAGAAAAAGUCAAUAUCCUUGAUGCUCAAGUACAGUCUCUAAGAAAAGACCUUUCAGAAUCUCAGAAGACAUGCAAAGAUUUGGAAGGAAGGCUAAAACACCAGAAGUCACUCGUUUCCGCCACAAAUUCCACCCGGGCCGGUGGUUUGUGUCUGAAAUGUGCACAGCAUGAGGCGGUUCUUGCACAGACUCAUGCCAACCUUCACGUGCAGACCAUCGAGAGAUUAACAAAAGAAAGAGAUGACUUGAUGGGUGCACUUGUUUCACUGAGACAAAACAUGGAAGAAAUGCAGAAAAGAGAAUCUAAUGCUUGUGAGCGAGUUAAACAAGCUGUGCAAAUGGCAGAAGAGGCCAAUUUGGAAAAAACAAAGGCUAUAGACCAGUGUGAGCAGCUGAAACGUGAGAUGGAACGACAGAAGUGUCGCCUUGAAAGGGAGUUAGUUGCCCAGCUAAAUAAGAGGGCUGAGGAAGAAGAAGCACUGCGGGAAGAAACGAAGAAGGAAAGGGAGAACUCGGCAGCAAUGGUGACGGCCGCAUCUGAAAAUGUGGCCAAGUUGGAGGCUCAGGUAGAGAGAAUUACAAGGGAGAAGAACUCACUAGUUAACCAGUUAGAAGAAUCACAACAUCAGCUUGCGUCUCAUGAAAUGGAGAUGAAUAAG